AACACCCCAGGUGAGGGACUCGGGCUAUGUGACGCCAAAAUCUCGCGAUACUUCACGGGGAGGGGCGUGUCAGAUUCCAAGAGAGGAGAGAGAGAUAGAGAGAGAGAGUGGGAUAGAGGGGCGCUGUGUUACAUUGCAAAGCCUUUGCAAAGAUGGGGGACGACAAGCCUUUUGUGUGCAGCGCUCCUGGCUGUGGGCAGAGGUUUACUAAUGAGGACCACCUGGCUGUCCACAAACACAAACAUGAAAUGACGCUGAAGUUUGGACCCGCCAGAACGGACUCGGUCAUCAUUGCAGACCAGACGCCGACUCCCACUCGUUUCCUGAAAAACUGUGAAGAGGUGGGCCUGUUCAAUGAGCUGGCCAGCUCGUUCGAGCAGGAAUUCCCUAAAGGCCAAGAAGAUGAGGACAAGAGGGCCAAGAACCCGUUACCCGCUCCUAAUUCAGGAGCACUAGACAUGAGUUUGCAGACGCCUUCAGACGUUAAGGUGAAGGAGGAGGACCCUGUGGAGGUGGACUCCUCUCCGCCUGGCAGCCCUGACUCCUUCUCCAGCAUGUCAGAUAGCAGCAGAGAGCCCAUAGGCAGAGGACAGGAUUCUCCUCCAAAGCCCGCCGUCAGUUCGGCUCCCACCCCUGCCAUAGUGCGUCCUGGCUCUCUCCCCCUGCACCUGGGUUAUGAUGCCCUGCAGCCCACCAUGCCCUCCCCUACCUCCGUCAUCACACAUACCCCACCAUCCAACCGCACACUGGGAUCUCCCACAGUGCCAUACCCAAUGAUGAUGCUACCCAAUGGUCAAACAGUUCCUGUGCUUCCAGGUCCUAUGCAGAUGCCCUCUGUAAUAUCUAACGGACUUGCGUUCUCGUGGAGACCGGUCUUGCCAGGCUACUUUGAAAGAAUGAACUCGGAAGGACGCGAGGACACAGAACGCACCCUUCUGGCGAGGCCCCUGUGUAUGGUGCCUAACAUUCCAGGAAUUCCCGGCCCUCCACUAGGGGGCAGCAGCAGCGGCUCGUCUUCACCUUCCGGUUAUAACCCCCACACUGAUGCAAAGAUGAGGUUAAAGGCAGCAUUAUCUCAGCAGACGCCCUCAGCUCAGGGUGUUCUUGGUGUGGCGAUGGGGUCCAGUGCGAUGGUACCUCAAAGGGUUGAGCAAAGCCAGCUGCUGGUCCAGCAUCCAGAUGCCCCAUCCCCUGCUCAGCCACAGGUGUCACCCGCUCAACCCACCGGGGGUCGCAGGCGGAGAACAACUGAUGACGACCCUGAUGAGAGAAGGCAGCGCUUCCUUGAGCGGAACCGAGCAGCAGCUUCUCGUUGCAGACAGAAACGCAAGCUGUGGGUCAACUCUCUGGAGAAGAAGGCUGAGGAACUCACAUCCAUCAACGUCUCGCUGUCGAACGAGGUGUCUCAUCUACGAAACGAAGUUGCUCAUCUAAAGCAGUUGCUGUUAGCUCAUAAAGACUGCCCCGUCACCAACCUCCAGAAGAAAGCCGCCUACUUGGGGGAGGAGCACAUGAAAGAGACGUCUGAGCCCACGGGCUCCCCGGCACCGGUCAUUCAGCACAGCUCUCUGGCCCACAGCCCCUCGUCCACAGUAGGGCCCAAUGGCCUGAGUUCCCGUGCUGCGGCUGAGGCGGUGGCCAUGUCGGUGCUGGCAGGGAUGGGCAGCCAGCGAGGGGAGAGCGGUGGGCCAUCGCACGUCAUCAUGGCGACACAGUCCCACCCAUCCAGCAGAUGAUGAGAGCAGCUAACAGUCUGCCUGGGACUCUCCGUGCAUCCCAGGAGAGGGGCAGAUCUGCGAGAGGAAAACGCACUCUGUUCCCAUUCUUUAAUCUGGUUCCCUCUCACACCAUCACGCUCUGAACUGGAGCUCAGCUGCAUUCUGGGAAUGAAACUGGGACUAUGUAUACAUACAGAGAGAGACGGAAGCAGAUUGUCGUUCACUAUGCCAUAGACUAUGGGGGCUGGACUCCAAACCAUGCUCUCCUUUGCAUCCUCUGUAUCUUCUGCUCCUUCCUUCAACUUCCUCCUGCUCCUCCACUGGCUGUAGGACUGCAAAGCACUUCCUGUCAUUAAACGUAUCCCCAUAGACAUAUGCACAUACACACGCUGCAAUAAAGACAUUGCCUAAAUUGUGACCGUGCACUCGGUGUAUGUGUACAUGUGCUGUAUUGCACAUUAAUUCACACACAUGCAGGCUGCGUCUCAAAUUUGUGACGAUGCAAUACUUUAUAUAUUCUUAUAUACAUGUAUUAGUAUGUGUGUGUGUGUGUGUUUGAGAGAAACAUGAUGCUUUAACGUUCUGUAAGAUCUUUUACCUUGCUAUUUUAGUUUUUUUUUUUUUUAGUUUUCAGGUGGCCACCCCCCUCAUCUUACCCUCGCUCAUCUUACCUCAUUUUUAACCUGUUAUAUACGUUUAUAAUCGAUGUGUGCAUGUGUGCUUAUCGUGUGGGUGUACAGUGAUGUACAACAGAAAAUAGCAGUUUGUGAAGGACUGAUACACUAAGACUGCUUUGUUAGCAUGCAAACUUCUUGCUAUAUAUAAACUGUAUUGUAUUGGCACAUUGCAUUCAGUUUGGGCUACGGAACCUUUUUUUUUUUUUGUCCUAUCUUUGUUUUCUUGUGUACGUCAAACUCAGAUACCGCAAACAGCAUACUGUCCGAGGUCAUCGUGUAUGAUUAAUUGUUAUCAGGACCCUUGCGCACAGUCCACUGUCUUGAGAAAUACUGCCUUUCCAAAGUUAGCCACAACGUAUUAAAUUCAACUUAAGAUUCAGUUAAGUUGGCCAUUAUGAGUUAAGGCUCUUAAAGUAGUCUUAGACUUUUUUUGUCCUGUCUUUUUAUUAUUAUCUAACUUCCAUAACUCAUGAGAUAAACCCAUCUGCUGUUUAUUGAAUCCCAUUCCUACCACGUAAGAAAAAAAACUAAAACUAUGACAUAAAAGCUCAUAGUAACAAGAUAAAUUAAGAGAUAAAACAUCAAAUUUAUGGCAUUAAAGUCAUAAUUACAACAAAAACUAAAUUAUGGCAAGUUUAAAUAAGUCAUAAUUAAGACAUAAAAAGUAGAACUUGCGUUUAAAAGUUGAAAUUUGUCAUAAUUUUGACCUCAUGACUAUCUCAGUUUCGACUUCUGUGACAAUUCUGAAUUUUCAUCUCGUAAUGACUUAGUAUGUCAUAAUUUUGACUUUUUAUGUCAUAAUUAUGAUUUACCGGAGCAUUUUAUUAUGUGCUGGAAAUGGAUUUCCAUAUUUAUCCACUUAUUUUUACAAUAAUAACAGCCCUAGUGCCUCUAUACCCUCUUGUUCAGUUACUUUCACAAUUACCAGACUGUUAAAGUUGAUAUCCCGAUACUCUGUAACACUACUGUAUGUGUUUCUCUGCUCUCUUAUCCACACAUAAACAUACACAGUCUCUGAUAAAAAUUUAAAGAUACAAGGAUUCUGCCUUAUGAAUCACAAGAGUGCCUCUUUAUAGGUUAACCUCACUCCACCUAUCGUAUUCAGGCAUCUAUCAGAUGUUAAAAGCUUUAUCUGUAUCAUCAGUCCUGAGGUAAUGAAUUAACAAAAAUGCCUUUAAUAGUUUUUAAACAGCGAGGAGCGCUGCCCUUAAUUUUAAGCAUAUUCUACACUGCCACCUGGAUGUAAUAAGGUGCUAUUACAUCUAACUAGAAGGCUGCAGGGAACAAAGAGUAUCCAAAUCUACUGUUUGAAUGGUUUUACCUGUACUAAGAUGUUUAUCCAAACAUAUGGUCUUGUCUUUUUUACACAAUAUCAGACAUUUUUCAAAUUAAGGCAGCAUAUUAACAAGGGACUAAGAUGUACUGUCGUUGCUCAGUGUAUGUAACUUGAAUUCUCAUUCUUUUUCUGUCAUUAUUUGCAGUGCGUAAUUAACACAAUAUCAGUCUAAAAUGUAUAUAGGCCUGUCAGAAUGCACUAAAAAACUUUUUGGUUUAUUUUUCUGUUUGGUGUCUCAGAGAUUGUCAAGUUUUUUUGUUUUUUUUUAAACACCAUAUCAAACUUACCACUUGACCGAUAUCUCAUGAAUGACUCCUGGUUUAAGUGUUGACCCUGGCUUUUCUGUUGUAUUAUGUGCUGGCACUGUAGUCGUUCAGCAGAGCCCAUAUAGAGGAUUGUUGGCCUGAAAUGAGAAGAAUGGAGAAUUUUUAGCUUCACUGGCACUUUUUCUUUAUUCGCUGCCAGGUCUAUAGAAAUACCUGUAAUUGAUUUUUUUUUUUUUUUUUUUUUUUGGUGUGUGUGUUGUAAGACAGAAAAGUAGAAAUUCUUAGACUUUCUUUUCUCAUUCUCUUUUUGUUCUUCUAAUACUUUGUACUCAAAUAUUUGUAGUUAUUUUUAUUUGUAAAGAUUAAUAAGAAUGCCUUGAGAUGGUCCCUGUUUGAUUCUCACUUUAAUCACUUUAAAGUUGUACCAGAUUUCUGUCUUGAUGGACUUAAUGAUCCAUAAUUCCAACAUAAUGCACAAAUAAUUUAUUAUGGAAUUAUUUCAUGCUAGUAAAAUUUAACGCAGUUUCCCUGAGAUAGACAGACUGAACAAAACAAAAGUCCUUCAGAAUAGACUGAUCUUAUAGGCUAAAGGAAAAAAAGAGAGAUAAAAGGUUGUUUUAAGAGUAUGUCUUUUAUGGGAAAUUGCCUCACUCCAAGUUGGACUGAUAGUUUUUGAAAUUGUCCUUGUAAUGUACAUAUGUGUACCAUAUAUAUUUACUAUUUUUCAUGCAUGUUGAAGUGAAAUACUCUGAACACAGUGCUGCAGUUUUGAUUAAACAAAAAACAAAACAAA